AUGUCUCUGCCUCUUAGAGGAGUCCAAUUGAGCGCUGCCGGGUCAAGGGCGUUUCCCACGACCCGGCUACUCAAGAUCAUUUCCACAGCCGAGUCCACUUUUAUUCCGGCCGGCCUGCGAGACAACACCAACAAAAGCAAGCCCUUGAGCAACACAACCGGCACCCAAAAGAAGCCAAAUGAGGAAGAUGUCACGUCGGUAGCAGGCUCAUACGCCCGUACUGACGAAUCAAUCACUGUCGAGUACCCUCCAGACGAGCAAUUACCCGCGUCCAAACCUGUCGCGGGCGCCGGGCGAGCAGGUGCCAAUGUCUUCCCCACCCUGGCUACCUUCUCAUUGCAGGGCAAGGUUGGCCUCGUCACGGGAGGUGCUAGAGGGUUGGGUUUAGUGAUGGGUCAGGGCAUGGUUAUCAGCGGGGCCGACUUGGCCAUCGUGGAUUUGAACAAAGAAGAAGCAGCCCGCCAAGCAAAGUCCAUAGUGGAAACAUUCCGCAAAGACCAUCCCGAUGCCAAAAAACUCCCCAAAGUCACAGCCCACUAUGCCGAUGUGUCUGACCCGGCCUCGGUUGACGCCUGCAUACGUGAAAUCAUUGCCGAGCACGGCAAGAUCGACAACCUCGUGACCUCGGCGGGCUUCACCGAGAACUUUGAGGCCGUCACCUACCCGAUCGAUCGGAUGCGCAAGCUGUGGGGUGUCAAUGUGGACGGCACCUACCUGUUUGCUACGGCCGUGGCGCGGCAUCUGAUGGAGCGCAAGGCCAAGGGAAGCAUGGUCUUCAUCGGAAGCAUGAGCGGUUCCAUCGUAAACGUACCCCAGCCGCAAGCCCCUUACAACGCCGCCAAGGCCGCCGUCCGGCACCUGGCCGCCUCCCUCAGCGUGGAAUGGGCCAAGGCCGGCAUCCGCGUGAACUGUAUCUCCCCGGGAUACAUGCUGACCGCUCUUAAAGGACGCAUGGGCUCGCCCGAGGAUCUGAUGGGGCCCGUGACCUUUCUGUUGUCGGACGCCUCGAGCUACGUGACGGGCGCCGACUUGAGGGUUGAUGGGGGAUAUACUGUUACCUAGUGUCAGGGGCGAACUUGUGGGCCUGGCCUACUAUCGUGGAUGUAUGUAUGGAUGGAUGGAUGGAGGGAGGAUAUAUGUGAGCGAGGGUGCGCAAAUCUGAGCAGCAAGCAGCGAAUGCGAGUGGAGUCGUUUUGUGGGUGGGUUGGUUCGGGAUAUACCUAGGUAGAGUGCAUAUAGUUGCAUAGACAAUGAAUUUCGAGGAUUCC